AUGUCGGCUACAAUGAAUCCAUCCGGUCCAGCCUCGUGCCUCUCAACCUCCGACGGACAUGCCAAAACUCCCGCAAUCCAACUCCCUGACGGUACCGUCCAGCACUCCUCUGCUCAGCUACGUCCCACCCCGCCGACCGCAAACUAUCGCAACGGCCAUGUCAAUCUGGACACUUUUUCGCCUGUCAACGAGAAUGGAAGCUUUGAGUUUGAUCGAGUCUUGAAGAGCGGGAAGGCAUUCCGCGCCUCAUGGAAACCCGCGUAUCUUGUUCUCCGACCAAACCUCCUGUCCGUCUACAAAGACGAGGAAGCCACCAGACUCCGCGCCUCCAUUACCCUCUCCGAAGUGACGGCGGUCGCGCCGGUCCGAUCCCCUCGGUCGUCACGGCAACAUGUCUUUGGGAUUUUCUCCCCAUCGAAGAACUACCGUUUUCAAGCCUUGUCGGAAAAGGAUGCGGAGGACUGGGUCCAGCGCAUCUGCCUGGAGACUCGCGUAGACGAAGAAGACGAGGCGCUGCUUGCCAUGUCUAAUAACAAAGGGAAGACCGCCGCGGCCAACCGACCGCGCAUCGACGAUACAACCGACCAUUCAGACAUCGAGCCGCUGGGAAGGCCCAGUUCGCCGGAACUCGGCACCGCGCUCUCGCCGAGACGUCUCGGCCUCCAUCAGGACUACUCGGGACACGACAUCACUUCGUACUCGGAGUGGUCGGAUGGACCAAGCAGUAACCCCAGUAUUCCUCUCCGAUCAAAACCCUCGAUCCACAAACUGCCUGCCGGAGCUAGCGGGCAAUCUCCUCCCUCACGCGACACCACUCGCGGCAAUGAACCUGGAGUGCUGCGCGAUCCAGAGCGAGUGGUCUGUAAUGGCUAUCUGCAGUGUCUUCGGAUUAAGGGCGGUGUGCGCCAAUGGAAACGGUUGUGGGUAGUUUUACGUCCGAAAAGCCUUGGCUUCUAUAAGGAUGAACAGGAAUACUCUGCCGUCAAGAUCAUCCCCAUGUCCCAGGUGAUCGAUGCAGCCGAAGUCGAUCCGAUGUCCCGAUCCAAACGCUUUUGCCUCCAGAUCAUCGCAGAAGAGAAGUCGUACCGGCUGUGCACGACAGAUGAGGAGUCUCUAGCAAAAUGGCUUGGGUCUCUAAAGAGUAUCCUCGUUGCCCGCAAGAAGAUGGAAACAGAGCCUGCGCCUGGUGCGGCAGCGCCAGCAGCAUGA